UCGCAGGAAAUGGAGCAUGAGUCGCAUACGGUGGAAACACAUUACGUUAAACACACGGUGACUGAACGGCGAAUUUCGUUUGAGCGGCAAACAUCUAUGGCUGAACAGGUUGAGGAGUUCACGGUUGAACAUGUGGUCGCUCCGUUCGGCACAAGCACAGAGCGUACUCAGCGUAGUGAAGAAAUUACCGGAAAAACACAUUCCGGCAGCCACUAAGACACCACCGCCCUCUCCACCCGAAGCACCAUCCGAGCAUGCACCGGCGACACCGGCCGGGUCAUUAGAUCUAGAAGAACCGGAAGUGCAUGAAAAAUUAGAAUUAUCUGCGACACAAUUACGCCGGUUUUCCGAAGUGGCCGAGACGCAGCAGCGUGCUGAGUUGGAAGGAGUCAAACGCGGUUCCAUUCGGGACGCGGUAAAAUUUUUCGAGGAAGAAGCCAGAAAAUCUCGAGAGACAGUGUCACCACCGUUAGAGCUUCACCGCAGACCCAGUUUACGCCGCACACCGUCGGAUGCGUCGUCGACAUCAAGUGCACGGGAUAAAACCAGUCCGACCGAGCUUGAGCGAAAACGCAGUUUCAGGCGACAACCUUCAGAUGCCUCGACCAGCUCCAAGGAGCGCGUAACUCCGGCGUCGCCACCUGCCCCUGCCCGGCAGAUAUCCGUGUCCGGAAUUGAUUCGGAAGAGGAAAUGAAAGAGGUUACCUCGAUUACCGAAGACCUGCCGUCAUUGGACACCGAGACGUCCAUCUUAGAACAACAACAACGUGAAAAGGGCAUUACAACGGGUUCAAUAUCGCCGGUCUUGAUGGCUGAACACCGUGAGCCUUCGUUCGAGACCGAGACUUUUGUGCGAUCCAUGGAAACCAAAACGCCGGAAACGCCCCACUCGAGUCCCGCAGAAUCCACAGACUCCCGGGCCGGCUCACCCGAGAGCCCUAAAGAAGGUCACGUGCGUGAUGUGAUUCAGCGCAUGGAAUCGCUGAUUGCCUCGACGACGGCCCAGAAAGAAAAACGUGCCGCGGCGAAAUCUCGCAAGGUGAAAACCGUCAAAACCGUUGUCGAGGUAACGGCGCCAGCGGCUGCCGUCCUGACGACGGUUGGACACUUGCACGGUACGGUGUCGGCCAGCUCAUCAGAGGAGCCCAUUGUCCAUGUAAAACGCGAAACACCAGAAGGACCGGAAGACGUGGCGAAGACCAUGAAAAUCAUAACGGUCACGGAAACUUCCGAAUCGGAUUCGGGUCACAUCGAAUCGGAUAUAUCCCGUGAUUUCGAUGAAGUGGCUGCGGCUGUGAGAGAAGAACGAGCGGAAAGAGAUCUGCAGCACCGGCUCCUUUCAUCUUCGUUCUCCAGCGAGACAGUUACGCUGACAUCAUCGCCGCAGGAAUCCGAACAAGAGUCCAGCCAUCGCGAUACGCUACCGCAUACUCCAUCGACCGAGCAGCUGCAUUCGCCUACCCGAGCGACCAGCUUCAUGACGCAACCGGUGCGCGAGCUUCCUGUAGUUGAAGGUCACGAUGAGCCAAAACGCCACGUCGAAUUAGUUACAGCGGAAGAGGAAGAAGCUUUACCGGUUACUAGACGAGUCAAUGUCGAAGAUGUGCCAGUUUCUGUUAUCACAACAGAAACGGUGGUCCGAGAGGAGACUUUAAUUACUAAGCGCCCAUUGGAUACUGAGAAAGCCAGACUAUCACCGACUGAAGAACAUGCGCAUGAAACCGAAACGCGCGUGCGCGAAGAAUUACCGGAGUCAGAAGUCACUGGUGUGCCGGUUCAUGAACACCCGGCAUAUAGAGCGGAAUCACCGGAAGUCGUGCCACAGACAACGGAGACAUACGUUCACGAAGCCGAUGACAGAUCGGACUUGCAUGCAGUGGAACGGGAAUUUCCACAUGUACACCGCAUCGAAGAAACUGUCAUCGAAAGUCAUAAUGCAACGGAAACCGUCAUCGAGACACAUCGCGUCGAGACCACCGUCUGGUCGGAGUCAUCUACGAGUGAAACAAUUGCCGAGGCACAAUCUUCACAUGAAACAACCCGAGAAACAAGUUUUGCGUCGCAACCAAUACGCGAACCGCCUGAGAUGGAAGAUCUUCCUGGAUCAAAACACGCACGGAAAACUGAGUCACCAUCGUCACCGGUCGAACGUAUUUCAUCUCCCACUACCGCAACGUAUGUUAUCGAAGAUCAGCGACGACCAGGUGAAAUUGUCCGCACUGAAUCGCCCGUGUCGGAAGCAAUCUCUGAGACUGAAACCCAAGUGCGACUGGAAAGCCCUGUGCAUGAGCGAGCAACGCCGACAGAAACAAUUUUACACGGGGAAAUAACUUCCGGUGCACCAUCGUCUCCAGCCGAGUCACGAACGAGCAGCGAAGUUACGUUACAUUCGCCAACUAAGGCAACAAGUUUCAUGACCCAGCCCAUACGUGAACCUCCAGAAGCAGAAGGUCACGGCGCACCUCAACACCAUGUCGGGAUGGUAACGACGGAAGAAGAAGAAACUUUACCGAUAAUCAGGCGAGUGGAUGUCGGAGAUGUGGCGGUUCAUGUAACUACAACGGAAACAGUGGUUCGCGAAGAGACUCAUAUAACUAAACACCCAUCGGAUAGCGAAACUCCGAACAUGUCUCCCACUGCCGAAUAUGCGCAGGAAACGGAGACGCACGUCCAGGACGAUCUUCCGGUGAUUCGGCGCGAAUCACCGGACACAAGUAAGGAACAAACGACGCCUCGAGCGAAGUCACCGGAAGCAGUGCCAGAAAUGACUGAGACCUAUGUUCAUGAUGUCGAUUCUGGGUCGAGCGGGGAACCGGCUUUGCCGUAUGUCCAUCGAGUGGAAGAAACUGUAACCGAGAGCCACGAAGCAAACGCAACAGUAAUCCGAACGCACCGCGUCGAAACCACCACCUGGUCGGAAUCAUCUACGAGUGCAACAACAAUGGAUACGCAAUCUCCACUUGACGAAACCCGUGCAACUAGUUUUAAGACGCAACCAUUACGGGAACCGCCUGAGCCGGAAGGUCAUGCUGAAUCACAACGGGAGACAGCGUCACCAGUGUCAGGCGCGUGACAUUGCCCAUCACGGAGACAUACGUCACCGAAGACGAAUCGCGAUUAAGCGAGAGCGGCCGAACUGAAUCACCUGCGGGUGAACAUGACCACUAUGCUGAAACCGAAAUGCGCGAUGA